AUGCCAUGCCAACAGAGAAAAGAUGAAAGGAAAACAUAUGAUGUUAAGCUUGCACAAUGUUAUAUAGAGUCUCAGACAAAUCUCUGUGAAGAAGCUUUGUUAAGAAUUAAAGGUGUUAUUAGCUUUAUUUUUCAAAUGGCUAUUCAAAGAUGUGUGGUGUCGUGGAUCCAUUUGGAUUUGAAAGCAGAGGCCUUGGCAUCAGUAAUAGCAUCAAUCAAGGAUAUGAAGGCUCAGCAUGUUGUGAAAAGUGAAAUUGGAGAAGAGAUGCUGGUCCCAUUCCAAGAUAUACCUGUGGAAGUAGAACAGAACACAGAAAAGCCCAACUACCUGCCUGCGGAUAAGAGUCCCACAAAGAAGCAAGAAAAAGCAGUGUCCCAGGUCAUCUCACACCCAGAGGGUGGAGCUAGCUGA